GAUUCAUUUAUUUUUAAUCUGUGCGUUUAUUUAGAUCGAUGGUGUGAAGGUGCAGUGAGAUUUCGUUUGUUGCGACUGAUUAAAAUUUGUAAAAAGAUUUCGAUAGUCGUCGGUUUGUUGUGUUGAUAAUACAGUGUUUUUUUAAAUACACACAAAAUGGGUAACGAGAAUUCUAUUCCCAUGGAACUAUGUUCAAAUUCGCGUGUAAACUGCAUUGAUUUUAAGGUGGAGAACUUCGACGCGGACGAGAUCCGGCGCCUGGGCAAGCGGUUCCGCAAGCUGGACCUGGACAACUCGGGCGCGCUCUCCAUCGACGAGUUCAUGUCGCUGCCCGAGCUGCAGCAGAACCCGCUCGUGCAGCGCGUCAUCGACAUCUUCGACGCCGACGGCAACGGAGAGGUGGACUUCAAGGAGUUCAUCCAGGGCGUGUCGCAGUUCAGCGUCAAGGGCGACAAGCUCUCCAAGCUGAGGUUCGCCUUCCGCAUCUACGACAUGGACAACGACGGCUUCAUUUCUAACGGCGAAUUGUUCCAGGUGCUGAAGAUGAUGGUGGGCAACAAUCUCAAGGACACGCAGCUGCAGCAGAUCGUGGACAAGACCAUCCUGUUCGCGGACAAGGACGAGGACGGCAAGAUAUCGUUCGAGGAGUUCUGCAACGUGGUGGGCAACACUGACAUACACAAGAAGAUGGUGGUGGACGUGUAGGCGGCGUCAGCGACGCGCCGCUUGCCUCUCCCCUCUCCGCUCUAGCUAGAACACUAUUCAAAUUGCGAGUCCGUCGCGCCCCCUUCCCCCCCCCGCCCCCGCACACACACCCGCACCUGCCGUCACGCACACACGCACGUCGCUACGUACACUAACGUACGUAAGACACACGCAGACGUAGCGACGGACAUUCGGAAGUGUGCGAUGUGCAACCGUGCCGCCGACACAGCGUCGGGUGCAUUGACAUCAUUGGCCAAGUAUAUUUUAAAUUGCAUCAUUGUCGGACCAGCACUAGUCACGUCUCGUACACAGCUGGCCUGUGAAGACGCGACUGUGCGAAUGACUCAACUGUGAACAAAGAGUUUUGUUUGCAAUGCGGCUAGUAUUUGCUAUUAAUACAUAUUUAUCGCGUAAUUAUCGUAGGACGCGGUCGUAAUGUUAACGAGUUGGCGCGAGUUAAUUAUAGUCCCGACAAUGCACCCGCGCCUUGUCGCGAGCAGCAGCGGGCGGACCAGCGGCGCGACUCACUCGCGUUAGAUCUAUCGUAAUACAUUUUAAAAAUUCUAUUUAACUUUAAGAUAUACAUACAUUAUAUUAUAGUUAUACAUCAUCAGACGAUCUUUAUCGUAGUCGAAUCGGACGUAGAUUUUUUAUUGUAGUUUUUUGUUGCAGUAAUUUUAGUUUAUUUUGUUAUUUAGUAUUUUAUUUGGGCUCAGUUCGCGAGUCCAUCACGCGGUUGUCGGGUAGAGGAUUCACAGUCGGCUGUAGUGUAGCUGAGUGUUGUACUGGCAUAUCACGUAGUCGCCUGCGCGACCGGCGCGUGACGUCACGCCGCCCGGACACACGAUAUUUUAACUUUAACGUUUCAUCUGCUCUAUGGUUUUUAGUAUUCAAGCCAUACUUUUAUAAGGAUUGUCAUCCACUGAUAACUGGUGUUAACAAAGUUGAUCUAUUGUUCGAAUCAUUUAUAGUAUGUUGCAUUUCGUUCAAUGCUUUAUGCAGCCGAUAAAAUAAGUGUGUAAGCGCACAAGUUUUUCCAUUGUUUACAAUUAUAAUUUUGUAGAAAAAAAUCGGAAGAGACAAUUCUAAGCAUACAGUUAGCAACAGUAGCAGUGGAUGGACAUCUCACGUAUAAUCGUCGUGUACUUCUACUAUAUACACUGAUCUUAUCGCCUUAUCCGAAUUUUAUACAAGUAAAGUUUUACGAUAUUAGCUGUUUAGAAGUAUCUGUGUAUUAAGAGUCGAGGGCAAUGAACGUGCGCAUUAGACCUCCUCCUCCCCCUCCUACCCGCCCCAUCGCCCGCCCGGUCUCCGUACUCGAUCCUUGCUACCGGACCGUUGGACCUGGCUCGUGUAGGAAGGACCGUGUACCGGAGCAUCCCCCCCCCUCCUCCCCGACUGACCGCCCCCCUCCCCGCAGGUCCUCGCCGCCCUCAAGUGACCGUGUGCGAAGUGUUCCUCCUGUGUGCCAGUGUUCCCAGUACCAGCCUAGCUCGGUCCCACGGACAGUCAAUGUACAAAUAUUUAUGUAUUCAACUAACUUUAUUGUGUUAUAUUAUACCGGUUUUUGUAAUAUAUUGUAUGUACCUAGGAAUGUUUGUUCGUUAAUCCGUUAGACUGUUUCUUCAGUCCAAAUAUAAAUAGAUAUCUAUCAUGAAAAUUUUAAUUAUUUAGCAUAGUUCUUAUAGUCGUGUGUUGUUUAAUUAGAUAAUUGAUCGUUUUACAUGUUACCGAGUCGUCGGCGGCACCUCAUGAUACCUUAGUAGCAGUGAACGCACGUGAAUCUUAAUAUCUAGUCACAGCUGUUGUGCAUUAUUAUACAGACGAUAUGAUACCUACUCGCUAGCGAGCGGCGACCAGACGCGGCCCGGCUCCUGCCUUCUCCAUAGUGUUUAUAUUUGUGGUUCUACCUACAGAUGUAAAUGCAUCGGUGUCUUUAUUGUAAAGUUGAAUGUUACAUUAGCGAUUUGUAUAGGUAAACAAUUGUAAAGCCUUACUGUAGGCGCAGCGGUGCGCUGGGGACGGCCGCUCGCGACCCGUCUCGUGUCGACGUCGUCACUGUAACCGAUGCAAUAACCCAUAGAUGUAAUGUGAUCGACACUGUCACGUUACCAGGAGCACUAUGAGUAAACUGUAAUGUUGUUGUCGUGUCGUCUGCUCAUCUCCAUCGGUAGGUAGCGUGUCUUAAUUAAGUCUACUCUAAAUGAAACUGAACAUAAGUUUUAUUAAAUUUUCAAAUUUCAAAGA